AUGGCAGAUAUCGAACCUCCCUCAUUCUCUCUCGGGUUAGAUUUCGAAACCGAAUUGGAUCCCCGAAUACCCACUCACCACCGCCAUACCUCGACCCUUAAUCCAGCUCCAAAUUCAAGACCCAAUACAUCAUUAGACAACCAAAAUGACGGACCCCAGGUCAUGGAUUCCGAAGAAGGGGAAGAAUUCGGGCCUCAUGUCAUGGAUUCGGAUCCUGAACCCGCACCCGGCCCGACCCGGAGAUUAAAGCGGUUAAGACGAGGACCCGCGAGCCAGAAAUCAAAGGUGAGAAAGGUGGAAUUGGAGGGUGUUUUCCGUGAUUAUGGAGAUGAUGACAUUGAAGAGUUCUCUUCUGAAGAAGAUUUUGCUGUUAGAGAUGCCAAUCCAUCAACUCAGUUCAGUUCUAUAUGUAGUAGUUCAAAGGUUCCAUUGAAAGGAUGUGGGAUUUUAACCAAUCAAUCAUCAAGCUUGUGGAAGGGAAAGAAAAAGGAACAGGCUUUAGAUCCCUCAGCCUCUUCCAGUUUGGAGACAGGUCCCAGUGGGUUGAUGUUUCCAAAGUUAACUGUCAGUCCUCUUAGAAGGUUUCAGUUGAUUGAUUCUGAUUCUGAAGAGCCUUCUAUCUGUGAAGAUGCUAGUGGAAAAACUCAGAAAACUGAUUCAUCCUCAACGAAGCAGAAAGGAUGUGGGGCUUUAACCAGUCAAUCAUCAAGCCUGUGUAAGGGAAAGAAAAAGGAACAGGCUUUGGAUGCCUCAGCCUCUUCCAGCUUGGACACAGGGCGCAGUGGGUUGAUGUUUCCAAAGUUAACUAUAAGUCCUCUUCGAAGGUUUCAGUUGAUUGAUUCUGAUUCUGAAGAGCCUUCUAUCAUUGAAGAUGCUAGUGGAAAAACUCAGAAAACUGACUCAUCCUCGAAGAAGCAGCAGCCAACUGCAAGUGCACAUAAAAUUAAAAUGCCGCUGAAGAAGCUUCCAAGUGAGGAUUUAUGGAAAGAUUUCUGUCCAAGAAAGAGUCUUCCUGUUCAGACACCUGUUCUGGAUGAGAUGUGUAAUGAGUAUUUCCAAUCUCUUCAAGAAAAUAAGAAUGCAGCUCAGAAAAUGCAGAGUGAUUUACGAACAAGUGACAGCACACCCUUUCUUCAAGAUUUAAAUAGCACUGUGGACUUUGAACAAUGCUGGAAUUUAGAUAACCCUCUUCCUCCAGCUCAUCAUUACUUCUUCCAUGAAGAUCUGAGGAUUCAGGGAUUAGUCUGCAGCCGGUUACCCAACUUUUCCCCUCUGGGCAUUGUUAACAACAGAGGAAACCAACGGCAUUCUGAAUCAGUUAUCGAUUACAUGAGCCAAUUCAAUGGAAAAACUUCUGAAAAGCAAGGAACUCAGAGAACUAACAGCAAGAAAGGCUUAACAAGGGGAAGAAACAAAUCAAAGAAAUCAAUUGCUAAAGAAGUUUCACAUGCUUCUGAAGGAUGGGUGGACCCCAAAAGCAGUACUACCAUUCCAAAGGAUGCUGGGAAAAGGCGGGUACAUGCAAGUGGGCAGGGCGGUGGUCAUUGGUAUACAUCACCUGAAGGGAGGAAGGUUUAUGUCUCCAAAAGUGGGCAGGAGUUGUCAGGUCAAAUUGCCUACAGGCAUUACAAAAAGGAUAAUGGAGGGUUUCGAAAGUCAAAAAAGAAAGCAAAUACCAAGGGGAAAGGUUCACAAAGUCGAAAGAAAACAAAUGCCGCGAGAAAGAGAGGCUGA